AUGAAGAAUCUUAUCUUAAUCCUUGUCCUCGCCGUUGUCGCCUUCAGCAAUUUCGCUUUCGCUGAUGAAUACGACUCACUUCUUAUGCAGAUGGGUCCCGACAUAGCCAAACGCUCACCUUUGGAAGCAAGAGCUUACACUUGUCCAUCCGGGUAUUCCGAAUGUUCAGAUGGUGAUGGAUGUUGUCCCAUCGGUACGGUUUGUCAAGCAAGUGGAACAUGUAGCGGUGGCUGUGGUCCCAAUCCUGUAAGUUGUGGAUUCGGUAAAUGCUGUAAGCAGGGUCAAAUUUGCGGCAGCGACGGCUAUUGCAAGCAAGGUUCAUCAUUACCACCAGCAACAGUGGCAGUACCGACAGUAGCAGUACCAACAUAUUCAAUAGCAACAAUACCAUCAAUUGCGUCAAUACAAACAUUAGCGUCAGUAUCAACAUAUUUAUUGCCGACAGGAACAAAAGGUUCGACGCCAUCAGUGGGGCUAUCGCAACCAUCAGUGGAUCCAUCAAUGGAUCUAUCGCAACCAGGCGCAACAUCGACAGCGACAACAAAGGUAACUCCAACCAUAGGAAUCAGCCCAGCAAUAGCAAACAGCCCAGUCAUGUCUAUAACAAUAAUCCUAGUUGUUCUAGGUUCUCUGAUUUUCGUAUAA